GGACGGACGCGAGCGGAAGCGCGCUGCCGGACCGGCUGGGCUGCCCCGCACUAAGAUGGCGGCGGCCGGGGCUCGGCGGCGGCGGUUGCUGCGGCUGCUGAUGCAGCUCGGCUCGGUGCUGCUCACGCGCUUCCCCGGCUGGACCGGCCUCAGCGCCCUCAGGCUCUUCGCGGAGCGGGCCGACGCCCGCAGGAAACCUGACAUCCCCGUCCCAUAUCUGUACUUGGACAUGGGGGCAGCGGUGUUGUGUGCCAGCUUCAUGUCCUUCGGGGUGAAGCGCAGGUGGUUUGCACUGGGAGCUGCUCUUCAGCUGGCAGUCAGCACGUACGCGGCGUAUAUCGGGGGCUACGUGCACUACGGUGACUGGCUGAAGGUGAGGAUGUACUCACGAACCAUAGCUAUCAUUGGUGGGUUCCUGAUCUUGGCGAGUGGGGCUGGUGAGAUCUAUCGUCAGAAGCCACGGAGCAGGUCCCUGCAGUCCACCGGGCAGGUCUUCCUCGGCAUCUACCUCAUCUGCGUGGCCUAUUCCCUCCAGCACAGCAAAGAGGAUCGUCUGGCUUACCUCAACCACAUCCUGGGUGGCGAGAUCACCCUGCAGCUACUCUUCAUCCUCUAUGGGGUGCUGGCCCUGUCGUUCCUGUCCGGUUAUUACGUCAGCACGGCCGCCCAGAUCCUCUCGGUGAUCCUGCCCCUGGUCAUCCUGUUCAUUGAUGGGAACCUCGGCUACUGGCAUGACUCCCGGCGCGUCGAGUUCUGGAACCAGAUGAAACUCAUCGGGCAGAACGUUGGUAUCUUUGGGGCUGUCAUCAUCUUGGCCACGGAUGGUUGAGAUGGGAUAAGUGGGGGCGGAUAGGACAGGCCUCGGGGAGGCUCUCCAGUUUGGGGGAGGGGAUGGGAUUCGGUUUUUUUAAAAUCACCAUUAUUUAUUCUUUUUUUUACUAUUUUUAAAAAAUUCCUAGUUGAUUUUUCCCCUUGACAGGCCAGGGGCCUCAGCAGCUGCCUCCUUUUCGAGCACGCUAGUCCUUCAUCGCACUUUCAGAUGUUUUAAGCACAGCCCUAUAGAAUCUCACUCUUCUGGCUCUGUGUAGCAGCAGAGGGGAGGGGUCUCCCUGGACAUUGUAGAACAGGGUCAGACUAGCUCAGUGGGUGUGUGAGCAGCGUAAUUCCUCCACUGAAAGGAGGAGUGGAUCCUGGAAGCUUGGGAGUCCCCCUGGGGAGCCAGAUGAUUGGUUACUGGAAAGACGCCGACAAUGAACUGAAUGGGGGACUUCAAAGCCGCCCCUUCAUCGUCUGUGGUGAACUCUGCACAUUGGUUGCAAUGUGUGUGUGGGGGGGUGUGUGUGGUGGGUGGGGACGGACAACGGUAAUAAUAAGCUAGCUCUUAUUUAGUGCUUUGCAUCAGUAGAUCUCAAAGCUCUUUACAAAGGAGGUCAGUGUCAUCAUCCCCAUUGUACAGACGGGGAAACCGAGGCACGGAGCAGGGACGUGACUUGCCCAAGAUCACCCAGCAGGCCAAUGUCCAAGCCAGAGUAACCGUCCUCCAUUCGUUACUUAAGCUGGUUCUCACUGUGCUUCUAACUACUGCCUGUGGAAUUUCAUGGGGUUACAAAGAAACCCUGCUCCCCGAAAGGAUGCAGUGCUGCGGAGAGGAGCGAUUUCAAAGGGGAACAGCCCUCAGUGCUCUUGAGAGGGAGAAGGAAGCUGCUCCGGAGAUGAGAAGGGAAUAAUUUUGCCUCUUGCCCCGCUCCCGCUCUGUGUGCAUCCGUCCAUGCUGCCUCCAGUCCAUCAUUGGAGCACGCGUGUGACUCAGUUGUGCAUUGCCUUGUCUCCUGGCACAGCCCCAUGGAGGGAGCAGAUGGACACUGCUUUACAACGGGACAGUCCUGCCUGCCAAAGCCUGGGGGAAUGAACAGCUUCACAGAGGGGAGCUGCUACCCAUCCCCCUAUGAGAGGGGGAAUUUCCAGAGUGCUGGGGUGGGGUGACUGAGUGAGGAAGGGAAGCUUGAAACGGGGGAAAAGUCCAGUUCCCAACCCUCUGAGGAUCCCAUGUCUUACAACCCUGGCCAGUGAUGGUCAGCGUCAGGGACUGGGUGGGAGACCGCGCUCCAUGUUCUAAGGUGACAUGCUGCCCAGAGACAACUUGCCUUUGUCCCAUAAGGGCCUCCUGCCACCAGGCUGGGUUUGUCUUUGGUUGCAAGGCCAGCUGGCAUGCAGGAUCUCGCUAGCGCUAGCGCCCUGCCUGCCUAAGGAGAGCUCUCAACCACGGUCACUCUCUCAACUGCCUAGAUCAAGCCUUCCACUUUGACCUGCUGUUGCGUCUUCCCUAUUUUUUAAACCACUUUCCCCAUCAUGUAUUUCUGAUGAUUAAAUGAGAAAAGGCUUUUAACUCCA